AUGGCACCAAAGAGGGGAGUGAAGGCACCGUCUGCCGUGGCCAAGAAGAAGACCGAGAAGGUGGUGAAUCCAUUGUUCGAGAAAAGGCCGAAGCAGUUCGGGAUCGGAGGAGCCUUGCCCCCGAAGAGGGAUCUGACAAGGUUCGUGAAAUGGCCGCUGAGCGUGAGGAUUCAGAGGAAGAAGCGGGUUCUCAGGCAGCGUCUCAAGGUCCCGCCGUCUCUCAACCAGUUCUCUAAAACCCUAGACAAAAACCUCGCCACCAAUCUGUUUAAGAUGCUGCUUAAGUACCGGCCGGAGGACAGGGCUGCGAAGAAGGAACGGCUUCUCAAGAGGGCACAAGCUGAGGCUGAAGGGAAAACUUCUUCUGGGUCUGAUGCUAAGAAGCCGAUUGUGGUCAAAUAUGGGUUGAAACAUGUUACUUAUCUUGUGGAGCAGAACAAGGCGCAGCUGGUGGUUAUUGCUCAUGAUGUUGAUCCGAUUGAGUUGGUUGUUUGGCUUCCGGCGUUGUGCAGGAAGAUGGAAAUCCCAUACUGUAUCGUGAAGGGGAAAGCUAGGUUGGGCAGCAUUGUUCACAAGAAGACUGCGUCGGUUCUUUGCUUGACCUCUGUUAAGAAUGAGGAUAAAUUGGAGUUCAGCAGGAUCUUGGAGGGAAUUAAGGCCAACUUCAAUGACAAGUUCGAGGAAAACAGGAAGAAGUGGGGAGGUGGAAUCAUGGGAUCAAAAUCCCAAGCUAAGACCAAGGCUAAGGAGAAGAUUCUUGCCAAGGAACAAGCUCAGAGGCUUUCUUAG